UGGCAUCCCCGCAGCAACAGCAAGCUAUUAUUGAUCUGAAAAGGUGAACACAAUGGCGACGAUAUCUCUCUCCUUCGAGGCAAUCGAUGACCUCAUCUAUGAUGCACGGUCCGGUGAUUUCGCCGCGCUAAAGACCGACAUCGACGCCCUCGCGACACAGCACGCCUGUUCUCCCGCGAGCAUUGUCGCCUCGGCCAUCGACGCAGAGCCCGAGAGUGAAGGCGGUUCGGGGGCGUGUCUGUUGCAUUUUCCAGCUGCAAAUGGAAACCAUGAAAUCCUGUCAUUCCUCCUCUCAACACUCACAUCCGGGAAUAUUCUGGACCAAGCCCAGAUUCUCGCGGUGGUGAACCACCAGAACCACUCGGGCAAUACGCCGCUGCACUGGGCGGCGCUGAACACGCAUUUACCCUGUGUGAAGGCGCUUGUGGAGGCCGGUGCAGACCUCUCCGUCAAGAACGCUGCAGGCCACGAUGCCGUUUUCCUGGCGGAGCGGACUGCUUGGGCUGCCGAGACGGAGACAGAAGCAGAGACAGAAGAACAGCAAGACCAGCAGGAAGUGGAGGUGGAGGUUAGCGUUGGCGAGGAGGCCGAGCAAGACGCAGCCCCGAGGAAGCUCUCGCCUGGCGAAGAGGUUGUGGAGUGGCUGUUGGGAUGUGACAAGGGGGCAGGCUUGGAGAGUGGCGUGGCGGAGCCUUAAUUUUUUACCUCCCUUACCAUUCGUAUAGAAAGAAAAGAAAAAGAAAGUAUUCGAUUUUGGAUUUCUUCU